CUACACAAUGGCAUGCAAGCUGUGGGAAGUCUCUGUAUUGGCACAAGUAUACUAGCACUUCAUCGAAGUUGGACAGAAAAUGCAUUGAAUUUGCUGGAUAGUGACCCUGAGUUCUCCCAAGGUAGAGCAAACACACACAGAAGUGCUGUCAGGUCUGGGAGGAGAUUGUUGUACAUCUGAUGUUGAGGAGCCGGAUGAAAGUGGGCUAGCAGCAAACUAGGACGGUUCAUAUGCUGGUCGAGACGUGAGAUUUGCGGUGCUCCAGUGGUGGAAGAAUCGUACUCGUCAUUGGAAGCAUCAUAAUUCGAUACUCGGAGCGAUUCUUCGCAUUAGUGGCUUCGCUUCAAAACGCCUGGAGGUAAUGAAUGGUCUGCAUUGUAUUCCAGAGGGUUCAGUUGUUGGAGGAAGAGUGCAAUAAAUGGGUGGUACAGAUAGAAUCAGAAGGAAGAGAAUUUGCUUCUGGAAGACCUGUCAGUUCUAGAAAAUUGACUUGCGACUGGUAUGCCGAUUCUUUAUGAACUAAGGAACCAAAGUAUCCGUCGACAAAUCGUACAUACUCUGCUGAUGAUGAGAUCGACAACCUUAUCGAGACAUACUGAUCCAAGUGAGAACUUGAGUAGACGUUUUCUGCCUUGAAAGAUUUCUAAUCAGACGAGAUUGGAUCAUCUGGUAAAAGCAGAUCAACUGCCGAACCACGAUUAUGUCAUAGUUUUAGUUACUUCAAACCCUAAAUCAGGAGAUCCAGCAUUGUGAGAGCUUAAGCGGACUUGGAGCAGCUGGGAGCUUUCUUAAAGCAAGAUGAGAAGGCCCGCUUGCGAUUCAAUCAAAAGCAAGCGCUGGAUUUGUGCUAAAGGUGAGAAGUUUGCGAUGCUUUGAAUGAUAAGACGUUCUCCGUCGCUAGAAAUGCAGAAGAUUUCCGAGCAUGAGUUUGCGGAUGGUCCCGAAUCUCUGACUGUCAGGAUCUCGGAGGUGAUGAAAGAGGAUUACGGCUUGUACGUUUGGCCCUCGAGCAUUCUCUUGGCAGAGUAUGUCUGGCAGCAAAGAACUCGAUUCAGAGGACGGAAAGUUCUCGAGCUUGGCGCAGGGACUGCACUGCCGGGCAUCGUGGCUGCCAAAGUUGGCGCUGAUGUGGUUUUGACAGAUCACGCGGAUCUUCUCGAAGUUUUCGAAAACAUGAAAAUCAGCUGCGCUUUGAAUAAAGCCGACUGCAAGAUUCAGGGUUUAACGUGGGGUGAGUGGAAUGCGGACACAUGCUCGCUCCAGAAACAAGUCGACAUCGUGCUAGGAGCCGAUGUCAUCUACCAAAACACGGACUUCGAUGACCUAUUCGCCACUGUGAGCUUUUUCUUCGCAGGCAGGCCCGACGCAGUGUUCAUCACGACUUACGAGAAGAGGAGCGGGCACCGAUCGGUGGAGUAUCUCAUGGCAAAGUGGGGUCUCUCCUGCUCGACUAUCAUCGAUGUGUCGCAGUUCGUCCCUUUCAAGAAAAUUGACGACCUUCCUUCUUCACUUCAGCUCAUAGAAAUCGUCCCCAGGAGCUAGAGGUUUGCGUUAUAAGGAUUAGUUACUAUAAACAUUCAGAUUGACGUUCAACCUGAUCCUUGUCACAACCCCCAGACGCUGACGAGCUGAUAACUUUCCGUUGCCGUCGAGGCUUCUACUGAUUUCAACAAUGCGAACGAUCAGUUCUGGUUGGGCCAAAUGAUCAGGUGGACUCAGAGUGACGUGUAGUGUGCUUUUCGGACAAGACACUCUAGCCUCUUCGUCAGUUCGAUUGGAAUUAGUUUUACCCACACGAAAGCCUUUGGUUUGUGUUAAGGGAUGAACACGCGGAAUCGACGGCAAGACAUUGACGAUAGUGAAGCAACUCGAUGAGGCAAACUAAAUUAAGCAGAAGUGGGAAGACAAGCUUCGAGACCGAGACCGAGACCGAGACUCCUGCAGAGGGCAGCGUAGCAGUGAAGCUUUGAGCUACACCAAAUGUAUCAAUAAACUACUACAUGACCUAGUCACGCAGCAGAUCGAUGAUCCUACUCAGUGCAAUUGGGGGAUAAAUGGAGUUGGCGUGAAAUUUUAGGGGAUCACUCGACGUGUUUUGAGGUGACUUCUGUAGCGUACAAGACUCGGUUGAUAUGAGCUGGACACAAGGAGUUUAUAGAAGUUCUGCACGAAGUCUGAUGAAAUAUCUUCAGUCUUCUGCGUGCGACCAUUAACCCUCGGUGGUCCAGAAAUGGACUGCCAUAGUAAUCCACGGUUUGGUGGGGCUUUCC